AUGAGCAACAAUUUCUCAGGUAUAACCAACCCAAUAAUUGCCCCGCUGGCUCGAUAUGACCGCUUGUAUGCGGACAGGAUUGUUUUCAUUGGGGAUCUCAUCGUCGAGAUUGACGAGAGGCGCGUCGUACCAACGCGGAGCCCGGAUCCUUUAUUCAAAUUCAUGCACACACCAAAUAAAGGCUCAUGGAGUGCGGCAAGUCUAUACGUUGACGACCAGUUUCCAGAGUGGAGACAAAAAAUGCAAGGGGCCGAGAAGAAAGAUCAAAAAGCCGGAGACAUACUAACAGCAGCUGCUUCAAAACUUAAACAGCUAGCACGGAAAGAAGUUGAUGUUGAUUCCUAUGGCUCCAUUUUCGUUGUUGAUCCCUCCGGUCUCAUUAAAACCUGUGAAAAGCACACCUACACCGUCCCAGGACUCAUCAGUCGGGAAGGGUUCAUUUCCAUGUUCUUAUUUAAUCGGCAUAAAGGUAAUGGGCAUAAAGGUGGACCCCAAGGAUCGUCACCACAUUUUUAUGAGCUGGACACGAAGAAGAAUCAGCUGUGCGAGUGGAAGGGCAAAAUUACAAAGCGACUAUACGUCGUCAUGAGUAGAGGUUACUUUGAAGUGCCUGAGGACUGGAUUGCAGUCAAAAACAACUCUUCUGAAGGCCGACUCAUAUUCUCUCAUGACCAGGGUGAAACUUAUCAUCUCAAAGGUCAAAAAGGUCAUCUAACAGAGCUGAGAUCGCCUACAUCCGAGUUUGCGUUGUUCAAACACGACGAUAAAGAAAUGAAGGGCAGGUUCACGAAUCUCACUCAAGCCAUAAACAACAUUUGGAGCCCCAAAACCGAUGGUGAUAUAGACUGUAAAUGGAUGUUCCGAGGUCUCGGCGAUUCCGGUGAUCCGAAGUGGCCAAAGGAUUGGUCCAACAAAUCGAAUUGGAAUCACCUCGAUAUCUGCAGGCAAUACGAACACUUGCCUCCUUCACUGGGGGAACAAGUAGCAUCAUCCUCCUCACCAGUAUCGGUUGGGACAGAAGUGGACCCCCAGAUUGCCAGACCGCCCACAGCACCGGCCAGCCGAUCGCAGACGCCCACCAGUGGGGCUAGGAAUCUGGUUUCACCAGGGGAAACCACUCUCCAUCUAGCUCGUAAUUCUACGUCAUCCAUUACAAGCAUCCAGAUCGGGGGAGGUAUCAAUCCAUCCUCUCCACCAUUAAAUCCACAACGUACCACCACAGAUGCUCCAUCAUCGACUCCUACUGGACUCGGAUCUCCGGCUAUUCGAACGGGAAUUGUGGCUAAAUCAGCGCACAUUCCUCCAGAUGUGCGUAGCGAUGGUGCCCAUCCCACUCGGCCUACUGAAGUUAUCGAGGUCAAGUCCCGGGCUUCAAACCCACAAAAUCAACCGCAGACACCCAAUAGAAAAGUAGAAAUGGCGAUCGGACCAACCACACGGACUAGUCUUCAUACAGUGCCGAGUGGUGCCUCGGCUGCCUCAACAGAGGGACCGGAGAGUUCUGCAAAAACAGACUUUGUACCUCGCCGGCCAUCAAAAAAAAGCAAAUGGAAGUUUUGGGGCUGA